UUUUCUACCAAAAUACUUGGAGGAGUUGGGAUGAAGAAGAGGAGGAUGAGUACGAUUAUUUUGUCAGAUGUGUUGAACCUCGUUUGAGAUUGCAUUAUGACAUACUUGAAGACCGAGUUCCUUCAGGACUUAUCAUUGACUACCACAAUCUGUUGUCUCAGUGUGAGGACAGUUACAGGAAAUUUUUAAAUCUGAGAAGCAGUUUGUCAAAUUGUAGCUCUGAUUCUGAGCAGGAAAACAUCUCCAUGGUGGAAGGGUUAAAAUUGUAUUCGGAGAUUGAACAGUUGAAACAAAAGCUAAAACUCAUUGAGAAUCCUUUGUUGAGAUAUGUGUUUGGUUAUCAGAAGAAUUCUAAUAUCCAAGCAAAAGGCGUCCGUCCCAGUGGUCAGAAGGUCACCCAUGUGGUCUCCUCCACCAUGAUGACUGGUCUACUGCGGUCCCUGCUCAGGGACAGGCUUUGUGAGGAGCCUUGUAAGGAAGAAAUAGAAAUUCAGUUCCAUAGUGAUCCGUUGUCUGCUAUAAAUGCCUGCUACGAAGGUGACACUGUUAUUGUUUGUCCUGGUCAUUACGUGAUACAUGGCACGUUUUCCAUUGCUGACUCCAUUGAAUUGGAAGGAUAUGGUCUACCAGAUGAUAUUGUGAUAGAAAAGAGGGGCAAAGGAGACACUUUUGUGGAUUGCACAGGUGCAGAUAUUAAAAUCUCCAGUAUAAAAUUUGUUCAGCAUGAUGCUGUAGAAGGAAUCUUAAUCAUUCACCGUGGCAAGACUGUAUUGGAAAACUGUGUACUGCAAUGUGAAACUACAGGAGUCACAGUACGAACAUCAGCAGAAUUUUUAAUGAAAAACUCGGAUUUAUAUGGUGCCAAGGGUGCUGGUAUAGAAAUAUAUCCUGGGAGUACGUGUACCCUGAGUGACAAUGGGAUCCAUCACUGCAAGGAAGGGAUCCUCAUUAAGGACUUCUUAGAUGAGCAUUAUGACAUUCCCAAAAUAUCCAUGGUGAAUAAUAUCAUACAUAAUAAUGAAGGUUACGGCGUUGUCUUGGUGAAACCUACCAUUUUCUCUGACCUGCAAGAAAAUGCUGAAGAUGGAAUUGAAGAAAAUGAAACACUUAAAAUUCAGACAAGUGAAGACACAGAUGCAGCUGAAAGAGUGGAUCUAGAAGAGCUGAUUGAAUGUGCGACCGAUAAAAUGGAGCUUUAUGCAAGCCCUGACUUUUCUGAGCAAGUCGAGGGAAAUUGUGAAAUUGUAAAUGAAUUAGUUGCUGCUUCUACACAAAAAGGCCAGAUGAAGAAGAAAAGAUUGAGUGAAUUGGGGAUCACUCAAGCUGAUGACAACUUAAUGUCACAGGAGAUGUUUGUUACAAUUGUGGGGAACCAGUUCAAGUGGAAUGGGAAAGGGAGUUUUGGCACAUUUCUCUUCUGACCACAAUGAUGUACAUGGAUAGCAAAAUAUUGGAUUUUGCACACGUUGCCCUAAGAAUCACUGCUGCUAUUGUAGUUUGCUUCACAUCUGUAUUUUAUGUUUGAUGUACUGGACUGGGCUUGAAUGAAAUGUUGAUUUAUUUCUAUCUGCAGGUGUUGCACAUAAAACACUUCCUCUUUAUAAGAAAGGUCAUAAAAACAUA